CUUUCAUGCCUUCUUUCCAAAUUUUCCACAUCUGGCUGACAAAAGACCCCUGCCAUUGUGUAUCCCAUUCAGAGACCUAAAAAAUGGCAGAAACCAAGAUGAGCCUGAAGCUUGUGAUAGACAAGAAGAGAAAUCGAGUGCUCCUCGCUGAAGUAGGCAAGGACUUUGUUGAUUUCCUCUUAGAAGCCUACACUCUGCCGGUUGUAACUGUCGCGCGCUUUCUGAAAAAUGAAGACACGGCAGGCUGCUUGCAAAGCCUUUACAAUAGCAUUGAAAACCUGAGUGACUCUUUCAUCCAGCCAGGCCGAAGUAAAGAUUUGGUGUUGAGACCCAAAUUAGUAACGUCUGGAGAUACAUGCUCCCUCUUUCCAAGGGUCGAUCACUGUACGUUCUUGAAAUUAUAUGGGUGUUCGAAGUCGAACUGCUAUUACCGUGAUACUUACCUGUCUUCUAUAUCGGGCAGACGUUGUAUAUCAUGCGAUUCAGCAAUGAACGAAGAGGUAAGAAUUGAAGAGCUAGCAAGCAGAAAUGAGGCGAGUGGUAAUUUCGAUUUCGUGAAAGAGAGCGUCACAUACAUGGUGAUGGACGAUCUGGAGAUAAAGCCCAUGUCGGUCGAUACUUUCAUAACUCUGCUUAAUGACCAUAAUCUCAAGGAAUUAGGGUUGAUUGAAAAUAAAGUGAUCGAUUUGAGCAUGGAUGAGUGUGUGAAAUUGUUGAAGGCUGCUCUGCAAUCCAAGACUGUUCUGACUGAUGCCUUCCUGUCGAGUCCAUCAGAAACUGGGGAGUCAAUCAAAAGGAGUGAGAGUUCGGCUGGGGGAAGUAAAGGCAGUUCAGUAUUUCUGCCCAAAAAUACUAUUAGUCUGGUCUCCAAUUUUUCCACACCCCCUCCUUAUAAAAUGGUCAUCGGUUUACUCUACCCAUUCGAAGAUCAUUCAUUCAAAUACCUACAAAAAAUGGCAGCCACCAAGAUGAGCCUGAAGCUGUUGAUAGACAAGAAGAGAAACCGAGUGCUGUUUGCUGAAGCAGGCAAGGACUUCGUUGAUUACCACUUGCAAGUCUUCUCUCUGCCGAUCAUAACUGUCACAGGCUUCCUAAAAACUGAAGACAUGCAGUUAGGCAACUGCUUGCAAAGCCUAUACGAGAGCACCGAAAACCUGAGCGAUACUUUCAUGCAGCCAGGACUAAGCAAAGACUUGGUGUUGAAGCCCAAACUAGUAAUGUCUGGUGCUACAGACUCCCUCCUCUUGCCAAGGGUCGAGUCCUACACAAUCAGCAAUUUCUAUCGGUGCGAUAACAGGCGUUGCGGAGGCUAUGAUUUGUACCAGAUCCCCUCUACCGGCAUCUGUAAAAAAUGCGGAUCAUCAAUGUCAAAAUCCGAGGUAAAUGUUGAAGAGCUAAUGAGCGCAAACAUGGAGAGUAGUAGAUUCAACUUCGUGAAAGAGAGCGUGGCAUACAUGGUGAUGGAUGAUCUGAAGAUUAAGCCAAUGUCCGCCAACACUUUCGUUACUCUGCUGAAUGAGUAUAAUCUCAAGGAUUUAGGUGCGAUUGAAGAGAAAGUGGUCGCUUUGGGCAUGGAUGAGUGUGUGAAGUUGCUCAAGGCUGCUCUGCAAACCAAGACUGCACUUACUUAUGCCUUCUUGCCGAGAUUAUCCGAAAAUGAGGAGUCAAUCAAAACGAGUGGGACUUCUGAAGGGCCAAAUGAAGGCAGUUCUGUAUUUCUGCCCGACUGAUUUUUACCUGCAAUAAUUAUUCGUCCGAAAGAAGUAUCUGGUCAAAUCUUGUGUGGCAAGAUAAGAUUAAAAAAAAAAAAAGAUGAUUUUUAGGAUUUUCAGUUUUUGAGAAGACUUCAAAUGAGAUCGUACGAACCGGUGGAAA